AUGAUGAACCGCAAAGAUACUCCAGCAUCUUUCGUGCGACGUGCAGACGCUCCCCGACCUCUGAGCGUCAGAUCUGCAGCCUCAAACGCAACAACCAAUGAUCCGCCCCUUCAGACACCGAAAAAUAAAAUUAAGACCAAGCGUGCAUCGAAGCAGGCGCAUCGAGCGCCACGUGAGACACAUAUGGAGGAUAAUGCAAGGGGCCAUGCAGAAGAAAUCAUUCGGGAUGAGAGAAUUUCGCAUGAUCUGUCAUUGACAGACAAUACCCGGCAUUCGGUGGUGGACAACAUGCUCAUGUCCCUCAAUCCUGACCAGCCCAAAUCCUUUUCGCCGCCAACCGGCCCCCCACCAUUCUCUGCAAGCUCCAAUCCGACCUCGCAGCCAAACAGUGCGCCCCGACAUCUACACUCCGCAUCUUUCAAUUCCGACUUCACAUUUCCCUCGGACGACUCGCCAAACCGACAUUCUGCUCACCUCCCACGAGGCCGCCGGAGUCACAGCAGCUCUACCUUUCAAUCCGGACUCGGCCGAAUAGACAGUGUUCAUGGGGAAGGCGACGCAGGUGAAACCGCGAAAGAAAAGGUCUUCCGUACCCAGUCAGCGUCAAUAGGUGCUAGGAAAAGCAGCAAGAGCAGUGGUUCAUCAAGUGUAGAUCUGGGCAAGAUGGGAGGACCGUCAAGGUUUCCACAUGCCCUUGGGCGGCGUUCGGCAAGCUUCGAUCAGGGAGAAAGGAUUCGCAUUGUGCAUUCGGCAUCCAGCUCUACAACACAACAAGCACCACCACUACCAAGUAGUCGAUCUCGCCCAGUAAUGUACGACGACUCUGACGCUGCACCAACACCUACCGUACCUGGAGGGCCUCGGAAAGACAGAGCCUCAGCAUACCCACCUCAAGCACAACCACAGGCCCCCACACAUCACCGGAGAAGCAGCAAGGCGUCAUCAAGAAGUCAGCCAGCGAAGAAGAAGAAAGGCGAUACAGCUGCGUGGGACGCACCCAUGCCACCAAAUAGCAGUGCAUAUGCAGCAUCCAGGCGGGGUUCAAAACAGAUCAGUCCUAUGCCCAUGUUCCUGAAGUCGCGGAACCCGAGCCCGGUGAGACAGUAUUCGGAUCCUUUUGUGGCCCAAAGACAGGACUCAACGGCUCAUUCGACCAUACAAUCGAAGGAUUCUACGAGAGAGCGGCCUGGAUUCUUCAGAAGGAUGUUCGGAUCAUCAAAGGACCCAGCGCCUGCAACAAACGACCUUCAAGCACCCCAUUUCCCUCCACUACGGGGUCAUACGAGAGUAAACAGUCGAGAAGGCUUCGCAACACCCCACAAGCUUUCUAAGCCAGCUGCACCAGAGGAGCCUUUGCAUGCCUUGCCCGAAAGCGUCAACCCACCCCUAGCCAAAAAGCAUUCUUCAUUCUUCAGACGGCGGAAAAAGUCCUUGUCUGAGGAUAUGCCACCUCCACUGCUUCCAUUGAACGUGAGGUCUCAUCGUCCACCUCUCUCUGACCCGAUAGAGCAGAGUCCUGUGAGCAGUCUACGCCAAGUCAUGAAUCCUUUCCUUGACGACCCGAUGCGUUCCAACGCCCAACAGUUUGCAGGUACAACCGGCGGCGACUUUGCCACUCCACAUACUCAUACUCUACAAGCCAAAGGGUCGGUUGAGCCCAUCAACCAAGAUUAUGAUCUAGGGAAUGAUGCUGGAUUCAACCAUCCUCUCAGCAAGGUUCGAGACAUGUCAACGUCAAGGCGGGAAGCCCUUGCCGAGAGAGUCCACCUCACACCUGACGACAGAACGUCCUCGAAACCCCAUGACAGUUCUUUUCUGCAUGAUGACAGCAGCAACGAGACGAGGAUACCUGGAGCUGCUAGUGAACCUCAGCUCGCACGUCAAGGUACGGUGAAUCUCGAUCAACCACCAACGAGCUUCCCUAGCUCUUUGGCAUCGCGCAGAGAGAAUGCACGACCUCGCUCUAAGCCGAAGGAGUCUGCUGAAUCACUGCAUCAGCGAUCGAUCGACUCUACAAGGAAUCGGAAUAUGCUUUCUACACGCAAUAACAAUUCGUCCGUAUCGCAACGCGCUGCUCAUGCAACUCCUGCAAAGCCCGAACCAAGGGAAUGGCUCACCCCAUUGCAAAUGACACCCAGCAAGAAUCGUUCGUCCCCCCCAGGGUCUUUAGAGACGUCUGACCGCUCUCAGCGGGUGUGGCUGCAGCCUGACAGUCCUGAGCAAAAGCUACCCAAGCUAGAUGACGCCAGGUUCACUGACGGCGCUGAGGUCUCUCCUGUCAGUGACUAUCAUUCUGCUUCUUCGGUUCAGAGCGCGUCGAAGCCAAACGAUGACAUCCAUUUCCCCGAGCCAACGCCAGAGGAUGCAGCGCACAAGCUUAGUGUGGAAAUCGAUCCAAGCCAACCGACUGAGGCAGAUCGUGCGCAGGCCCAGCAAAUCUACGACGGUGAAGAAAGCUUGGCGAGCAAGCCAACGGCAGCCGCUUGGCUUGGAGAACCAGGUCCAGAACGUAUGCGUGUGCGACAAGCCUAUGUGGAGCUCUUUGACUGGCAGAACCUUAACAUCCUCGCUGCUCUGCGGGGGUUGUGCGGUAAGCUGUACCUGAAAGGCGAAGCUCAGCAGGUAGACCGAAUCCUCGAUGCCUUCUCUAACCGCUGGUGUGCUUGCAAUCCCAGUCAUGGGUUCAAAGCUACAGAUGUCGUGCAUACGAUCUGCUACUCGGUGUUGCUGCUAAACACGGACUUGCAUCAGGCAGAGAUUGAGACAAAGAUGACGCGCCAGCAGUUCCUGAAGAAUAUUCUACCCACCAUCCGUCGUGUAGUGUCCGAUGCUGCUCCAGACGUUUUCACCAACAACCGUGCCUCUACGCUUCCUCCUCCGCGACCAUGGGUAGAUUCUUUGCACUCCAGCGGCAAGACACCGACGUCUCACGAAGGACGGCGAUCAUUCGAGGGCCAAAGGCCGCUCUAUCAACUGUCGCAGCGACCAUCUGACCAUACAGUUUACACUUCGACUCCAUUUACACAGCUUGACUACGCGACUUCUCAGGGUGACAGUGGCCCAUUCGUAAGAACUGGGUUUCACGGCAAACAGAGUACCUGGGAGAAUCAGAUCGAGAUUAUUCUCAAGGACUUCUACGUCUCCAUUCGCCAACAACCAUUACCUCUCCAUGGGACCGAGACUACAGAGCCUGGUUCGCAAACACCGCAUACAUCAAAUAGUCUUUCCACCAUGACCAAUAGCAUGCUCCGCCGCACACCUAGCAUGCUCAGCAAAGCUGGUUCCGAGAAUGUCAGCUACACCCGGGGUCGUCAAGGGUCGGAGCAGCGGCUAGGUACAGGCAGAUGGCAGUCGAAGAAUAGGUCUAGGCCACGCCUUUAUCCGGCUUCCACUUCAGGAACCGUAGCCUCCAGCCGACGGUCCAGUUUGGAUGAACAGUCUUCUGUCACAAGCCCUUCUGUCACUAGUGCGUGGAGCAAAUUCUCAUCUUUCGGCAAGACUCAGACAACCAUCUCUAUGGACUCUUUCGCAUCGAACUAUCCGCAGGGCGACUAUCAACAAUCGAUCGGAUUCGCCAAUGCUUUGAGCCAAGCUAUUAUACGUGAAGAGGGUACAGCGAGUGAGGAAGAGACCCUUCGCGUUGCUCCGCUCCUCGAAGACGAGAGCUUGGAACUUGCGGGUGCACCAUGGGCCAAAGAGGGCAUCCUGAAGCACAAGCAUCAUCUUGAGUCCGUCGAUAAGAGAGCCAAGGAUAGAAACUGGGUUGAGAGCUUCGCUGUCAUUGAAAAAGGCUAUUUGCGCCUAUUCUCUUUCAGCAUGAACGCCAAAUCCCUCCGUCAAAAAGCCAAAAACCAAAGAGCUCCUGGUGGUGUCGUCGGUGGGGGUAACUGGGCUGACAGCGCCGAAACUCUUGGCACCUUCCUCCUUCGCCAGACUAUUGCCAGCGGCCUUCCACCUCCUGGUUACUCAAAGACCAGACCUCAUGUCUGGGCACUCACGUUGCCUACAGGCGCGGUCCAUUUCUUCCAAGUCGGCACACCAGAGAUUGUUAGAGAAUUCGUGAUGACAGCCAAUUACUGGAGCGCACGUCUAUCAAAAGAGCCAAUGGUCGGCGGUAUAAGUAACAUAGAGUACGGCUGGGGCGAGUCCGUCGUUGAUACCUCCUUCUUGAAUGUUGAGAAGAACGCAUCCUUUUCGGUCGCCGGCAGCUCAGGACCUAGACCGAGUCUACAGAGUUCAAUCCGAAGUGCAAGAAGCUCGAUCGAUCAAGGAAACUUCAAGCCAAGACUGCCAGGAGACAGAGUCGUGAUUACUGAUUGGACGCCACCGCAACAGAGUAUGGUCGCCAGUGUCUUGAUGGAGGUGGAUCAGCUCAAAGCGCUGCUCACAUAUGUUAAGAAUAUUACGGAGGACUUUCAGAAGCACAAUGACCUGAGGGGGGCGAUGCUACUGGCAUUCUCUUCUCGUCACCCGAACAGUACGAAAGCAAUGGCGAAUUGGGAGCGCAAGUCGUCUUACCUAUUGCACGAGAUCGUCAAAUUCAAAACCUAUAUCGACUGCUUGCAAGCUGCACAAGCGCAAAAGGAAAAGAUCUACGUCGAGAGAGGCAACUUGACUGUUGCCGAAAAUGCGAGCACUGCAGGGUCAGAGUCGACUCAGACCUGA